CGGUGCUUGAUCAUUUAUUAGCUGGCGAACUUUUUUAUAAACGUCUUUUUACGUGGCAAACUUGCCAGUAUUUAAGUAAUUAUUGUUGAAGUACAAGGAGAAUUUUUAACAACUAGCUCACACUAAUACAAUGUUGUUUCUCAGAGUUAACAAAGUUGCUGUUCAAUUGUUUUGUAUUGCUUUAUUUUGUUUCGUUUUCUUGGCACAUUCUGCGCACGGUGAGUGACUUUUUAAUGCACAUUUUUUUGAAAUUGUAGCAAUUAAAAUUAAUGAUUCUUACUUUGAAAUGUGUUGUGUGUUUUGUAGUUAGUGUUGUAGUUCCUCACAGUUUCUGAACAAUAUGGGGAAAUGCAUCAUUCAUUAAUAAUUACCUACAUGUCCUACACUGUAUAUAUAAUUAUGUAGCAAAUAAGGUAUAAGUAGUUAAAAAAAUAGAAAGAAAUGUACCAUACUGAUCAUGUCCAUAUCUAUUAUAUAUUACUUUAUAUUGAUAAGGAAUCCUUCCAACGAUCCAGUAACUUGUUUGUUCCUUGUCUUACUUUAACACUCUAUUUUAUUUUCAUAUAAUAUAUGUAAAUAGUGACGUAAGCUCCUUGAUAGAGAGCCUAGCUUGCAAGGUUGCCCCUCGAUGAGAUUGAUAGCUCUUGGGUGAACGGUUAGCACUAUUUUCCAUCCAGCAAACUGACCUGAUGUCAUUUUCGGAAGAUAGAAGAGGUGUUAAAUGGCUAUGUAACUAACCCAAACCCUACCCCUACUCUAUCCCCUAACCGCAAGCCUAACUCUAACCGAAUUAAUAAAAAAAACGACUUUAGAAAAUCGAUAGGGUGGUUUGCUGGAUGGAAAAAAGUGCUAACCUGGGUGAACGUCUAAUACAAAAUAUAUAUGUUUAUAUAAAAAAUGCAUAAAUGCACUAUUUCAUGCAGCCAUAGUUGUACAUUACAUACAUUGCAUGUAUUUAUAUUAUUUUAGGUCAAACAGCAACAACAAAAGCAGCAAUGUUUGUAACACCAAGCAAUGUGAUAACGUCAGCAAGUAAGUAAUAGUCUGGUAUGUUGCAAAUUUUCACUGAGUAAGAAUGGGGUCCACCCCCCCCCCCAUAUAUCUCAUGACUGGUGUAAUUCUUUUCCAUCCAAAGGAGAGGCAGCUUUCUAAUGCUUACUAGAUAUUGCUUGAAGAUGUAUGAAUAUUGUUUUUAAAGAUCAUAGACAUCUCAAACUUUCCAGGGGGUGAGGGGGGUGAGUGGGGGCACUAGAAGAACCCACUAUCUCCCAGGUUAGAUGCUUUAUGAACCCCUCACUCAGAUUAUGCUUGCUUUGAUGCUGCUACAUGUUCUGUGGGAGAGGUACAAUCACUUGUGUUUUUUGUUUUAAUAGUUAAUAACUCCAGUGUUUUUUUUUUAAUAGUUAAUAAUGCCAGUGAUGCGGUUUUGAAAUCUGGUAGUUCAACAUUCAUCCCAACAAUAAGUAUCGCUAAUGUCAGCAAUACCGCUGUCCCUCUCCAUAUCUCCACUGUGUCCCCAACUGAUAAACCUCCAAAAACUACUGUAAAAUAUUCGCCAAAGGACACCGGUCGGAAAUUUGAUGGACUUUCAUUCUUUGGUGGCAUGAUUCUGGGAGCCGUAGUAUGCGUUGCUUUAUUGUUCUCUGUCAAAUAUUACCAGGCAAAGAAAAGAAGCUACCACUCAUUGUAGAAAUAUUACCGCAACAUUGACAAACAUAACAAUGCAAACAUCAUUAUAGAAACAUUACCGCAGCAUUGACAAACAUAACAAUGCAAACAUGGGCAAAUAAAUACCUGAAAUUUUGCUUUGUUUUGUUUGUGGGCUUGGGCCAAUCAAAAUUGUCAUACUAUGUGUAGCAAACUAUCUGUAUUUUUACCAGCAACCUGUGUUAUAUACUAAAAUAAUAUCUAAAAUAUGCUUAUAACUUAUUUCUCAAUGUCAAAAUUUGCUUUAAGAAAUUUAAUUUUUACAUUUGUUUUCUUGAUGUGGUGGGGAAUAUAAGCAAUAAAAAUAAAUAAAUAAUAUAUAUUAUCUAUGGUAUUAGAAUUACCGAUAAAUAUACAUUGGUGCAAAAUAAUUUAAGCAAUCAAGGUUCAUACAACAGUUAUGAACAAAGAUUCUGUACAACUCGACAAGCAGGGAAACAUGACAUCUAUCAUGAUCAAUGCCCAGAUGCUUUUACUUUGUCAACAGAAGACGUUUGAGAGAUAUUGCUAACUAUUGAUCAAUGCCCAGAUGCUUUUACUUUGUCAACAGAAGACGUUUGAGAGAUAUUGAUCUGUUAUCACUUUCCUUUCUCACGGAAAUAGUCAGCUAAAAUAAUGAAAUACCACACGAGUUUCAGGAAGCUUAUAUAGGCCAGCAGAUGGUGGGAAUAUUCAGAAGCAGGUGUAUAUAGGAGCAGUGGUGGAAAUCUUGGUGGGCGGAGGCCGCCCCCAUCUUCACAGAAAAUUG